AUGUCGGGAGCGCGGAAAAAGGCCCGGGUUGCAAGAGGCAAGACCCUUUCCUCAAAAAACAUUGCAGAAUAUGACAUCCCAACUAUAGUUGGACAGAAAAAAGAUACCUCAGCACCUUUGCCCGCCUCCUACAGUCCACGCUAUGUCGAAGCUGCCUGGUAUCCUUGGUGGGUGAAAGAAGGUUUUUUUAAACCAGAAUGCCAGCAACACCUGCCCCAUAGGAAGCCAGAAACAUUUUCUAUUUCUCUCCCGCCACCUAAUGUCACUGGAUCCCUUCACCUGGGGCAUGCCUUGACGGUGGCUAUCGAAGAUGCUUUGGUACGAUGGAGACGAAUGCAAGGCUAUCAAGUUCUCUGGCUUCCAGGUUCUGAUCAUGCUGGGAUUGCAACUCAGGCUGUGAUAGAAAAAAAGAUCUGGAAAGAACGGGGAGUUUUGCGCCAAGAUCUCUCACGGGAUGAAUUUCUCCAAGAAGUUUGGAAGUGGAUCGAGGAGAAAGGGAAUGAAAUAUUCCAACAGCUGAAAGAGAUGGGAGCAUCUUUGGACUGGGACAGAGCCUGCUUUACUAUGGAUUCGCGUUUCUCUCAAGCCGUGACAGAGGCUUUUGUGCAACUUCACGAACAAGGCCUGAUAUAUCGAGACAGGCGCCUGGUGAACUGGUCUUGUGCCUUGCAGUCGGCCAUUUCUGACAUUGAG